GAUUCAGGAUUUGGUGUAUGAAUCGUGAACACGCUAUUAGAAAAGAUUGGUCUUGUGAAAGAAGAUUUUACUUCAACAUCCUCUACUUCAAGUUCCAAACUCUUUUUGGAAAUGUGUAAUACUGUGUGCUGCCACCUGCCAAACUGGGAACCCCAACUGGAAUGUGUUUUUUUCUGAUGCCAAACUCACUUGGAUAAUUGCAUUUGGAUUUCCAAAUAGAAAAGCAGGAUUUAAGUAAUGAUUUACCUCAUCAGCCUUUUGUGUUUCAUCAGGACAUCAGAUGCAGUCAUGGAUCUCACCAUGAAGUCAAAUGGGAGCAAUCUUUCACAACACUUUGCCCUCUCCUGCAUCACAGGGGAGCGCAACACUGAUGGAUUAGAGCUUAGCAUCAAAAAAGACAACAGCAUCAUGCGCAUGACAAGCGAGCCUAGUUUCACUGUACAACAUCCUCAUUCUAGAGAAGUGCUUGCUACUGGUUUUACUGGCAUGGACCACAAGGGCAUCUUUUAUUGCCAUUUGAAGCAGGGCUCAAACCAUCAAACCACUGUCACUCUCAUCAGCAACUACAAGGGUCACCUAAGACCACAGAGGCUCACCGUUGUGGCUAAUAAAGGAGACACAGUAUAUCUGGCAAUGGAAGUCGUGGGCAAGGAAGAAAGAGAUGUCACAUGGAAAUUUAACGGGAAUUAUUGCUACAUGACCAACUGGGGAGAUGUUGAAAAUCGGACAGCAGUUCUUACCCUGAGUAAUGUUGUGCCAGACAAUGCAGGUAUAUACAGUGCAAGCUACGUAGGAGACAGUCCACUCUUUGGAGCCUGGAUGCAUCUAAUUGUUCGAGAUUGUCCAAAGAACAAAUGGGGCACAUUCUGUGACAAGGAAUGUCCUGAGUGUCUUAAUGGUGGGGUUUGCCAUGACAAAGGUGGCGACUGUGUUUGUCCUCCAGGCUUUAUGGGGACACGCUGCGAGACAGCAUGUCGGGAGGGGAUGUUUGGAAGAAACUGCCAGGAAUCCUGUAAGGCAGAAAAUGGGUGCCAGGGUCAAACCUUCUGCCUCGUUGAACCUUAUGGGUGUUCCUGUGCAAGUGGCUGGCAUGGACAUCACUGCAACAAGCCUUGUCCUGAAGGAAUGUAUGGAGCUGACUGCCGUCUGAGCUGCAAUUGUAAAAACAAGGGUAAAUGUAGUCGCUUCAGUGGCUGCCAGUGUCCUAAUGGUUGGAGAGGACAACACUGUGAGAAACUAGAUUUUGCUCCACAAAUCGUUGACAUGGCCAGGAACCUUGAGUGGAACCUGAACUCCAGCCCAAAAAUCAUGUGCUCUGCCACAGGCAAUCCUCCUCCCAGCCACAACAGCUUCGAGCUUCGCAAGCUGGACAGCACAGUUCUUAAGGCCUCCCGUACCACUAUGGAUUCUGAUAAGAGCACAGCUCAGUUUGAAAUCCCACACUUGACUUCUGAGCAUGGGGGGCUCUGGGAAUGUCGCGUCUCAACUAAGGGAGGGCAGGACUUCUGUAAGUUCAACCUGACUGUUAAAGAACCCCCAUAUCCAAUAACUCCUCCAAAAUUGAUUGAGAAGAGCUGCAAACAACUAGUUGUGCAGCCUUUGGAGCGCUUUAGAGGCGAUGGGCCCAUUUUGUCUAUGAAGAUCCUCUACAAGCCUAUGGAGUCAGAACACCCCUGGUCUUCCAUUAUAGUUUAUGGCAAUGAGCCUAUUAUACUAAUGAACUUGAAGCCCACGACCAGAUAUCAGGUUCGUGUACAGCUUACUCGACCAGGAGACGGGGGAGAGGGGCCUUUUGGUCCAGAGGCUGUCAUGGAGACUGAGUGUCCAGCUCAAGGUCCCUCUUCCCCACGGAAUGUCCAGGCUAAACCCUUGUCCGUGACCACAGUUCGAGUUCGCUGGGAGCCCCCUGAGGAUCUCAGGGGAGGCAUUGUGAAAUAUGUCAUCGAAUACCAGACAGUGGGCCAGGACAGCCUACACCCAUGGGUGGACACUGAUGAUGGAAACAAGACCCUCAAGGAUGUGACAGCUUUAAAUGGAAGCACACUAUACCAGUUUCGAGUGCGGGGUUAUUCAAAGGUGCCCGGGGAGUGGAGCAAGUUUGUGCAAGCCAGAACUCAAGGAAAUGGCCCUGUCAGCUUCAUUCCAACCACUCAGGAGGUUGGACGGCCUAGGAAGGAGGAGCAUCAUCUACUCUGGGCUGUGAUUGGUUCAGUUUCAAUUACCUGUGUCACCAUCCUGCUAGCACUACUGGUCCUCUUCUGCAUACGCAAAUCCAUUGUCAAACGCAGACGCACAUUCACCUACCAGUCUGGAUCUGGGGAAGAAACCAUCCUGCAGUUCAACUCGGGGACUCUGACACUGACUCGGAGACCGAAACCCACUCCGGAACCCUUAACCUACCCUAUCCUGGAAUGGGAAAACAUCAAGUUUGAAGAUGUCAUCGGUGAAGGCAAUUUUGGGCAAGUCAUCAAGGCAAUGAUUAAAAAGGAUGGAACCAAAAUAAGCGCUGCAGUCAAAAUGCUUAAGGAGUUUGCCUCAGAAAAUGACCACCGGGAUUUUGCUGGGGAACUUGAGGUGCUGUGCAAGCUGGGUCAGCAUCCCAACAUUAUUAACCUUCUAGGGGCAUGUGAAAACAAAGGUUACCUAUACAUUGCUAUCGAGUAUGCUCCCUAUGGGAAUCUCCUGGAUUUCCUGAGGAAGAGCCGAGUUCUGGAGACGGAUCCAGCUUUUGCUAAAGAACACGGCACUGCUUCCACACUCACUUCACAGCAGCUUCUGCAAUUCGCCGCAGAUGUGGCAACAGGCAUGCAUUACCUUAGUGACAAACAGUUUAUUCACAGAGAUCUGGCAGCCAGAAAUGUACUUGUUGGAGAAAAUUUGGUGGCAAAAAUUGCUGAUUUUGGGCUCUCACGUGGAGAGGAGGUGUAUGUCAAAAAGACCAUGGGGAGACUUCCUGUCCGAUGGAUGGCUAUCGAAUCCCUCAACUACAGCGUCUACACCACUAAAAGCGAUGUUUGGUCUUUUGGGGUGCUCCUGUGGGAGAUUGUAAGUUUAGGAGGAACUCCUUACUGUGGGAUGACCUGUGCUGAGCUCUAUGAGAAACUUCCCCAGGGCUACAGGAUGGAGAAGCCCAGAAACUGUGAUGAUGAAGUGUAUGAGUUGAUGAGACAGUGUUGGAGGGACCGGCCUUAUGAAAGGCCACCGUUUUCUCAGAUAUCGGUUCAGCUGAACAGGAUGCAGGAGGCGAGGAAGGCAUACGUAAACAUGGCUCUGUUUGAGAACUUUACCUAUGCUGGAAUAGAUGCCACCGCUGAAGAAGCCUGACUACUCGCCCCCCCAGAUUCCAGCACGUUCCACAGUCCAAGGGAGGCUCAGCACAGCAGGGCGACACGUUACUGCCAACCCCCUGUUGUUCGAUUCUAUCGCUCAAAGAAACGACACUCGCCCGGGACCAUGGGCUGUAAAGGAAAGACUGUGAAAGGACACUUGUAGGGUCCCUAUUCCCUUGCGCUAGACUGUGGAAGAUCUCGGAUCAUCGUUAUGCUCAGACAGAAAAUGGCAUCUAAAAGAGAUCUUAUUUGUGUACAUGCUGGGAUCUGUGGGGAUUUGUGAUAACUUUGUGGUAUUGUACUCUAUUAUGAGGUUCCUUGUAACAUUGUUGCAAUGAAAAGCACAUCAAUGCAGUUCAUAUGGAUGGACAGCUUUCUAUGUAGCACUUAAUUCAACGACAGAAAACCAAGUGUACCAUAGUCUUUUCAAUACUCCAUCUCUACAGUAUAUUUGACCUUGGCUGAGCUUAUGUUAUAUGUCUGUAACGACAUUGUUCAUGAAGCAAAAAAUGGGCGGCGUUCAAGUCAAACCCGGGACCUCAGAACACAGGUAUUAUUCAAAAGAAUUCCUUUAUUUCUCUAUAUAAUCCCCUGCUACACUAAUGCACAUAUCCCAGUGUUUCACUACUGCUUAAAUAGCAUUAAGGUUUUCUCAGUACACUGAAGCCAUGAACGGACUGCUUGCUUCAAGCCUGAAAUGCUGGCCUUCCAGGAACUCCUUUAAUAGCCCAAACUUGUGGAAAUGGCUCGGAGCGAGGUCAUGUACUCGCUGAAUGUUCACGGGUUCUAAAACCCUUUAGAUGGUAUCAUCAUUCACAGAUGUACCCACCAUUCAAAUGUUUUACUUCAAAGAGUCUCAUCUUCUGUAAAAGGCAAUCCGUUUUACGUCGUCGUUCACAAGAAAUUUCCCGGUUUUACUUGAACGCCCCUCGUACAUGAAACCAUUAUGGGUUCCCACUGAUAACACACAUAACCUACAUCUUCUAUAGGUUUAUCACAAAAGCUGCUUCUUAUCAAAUGUGAUAUCAACUGAACAAAACACCCGAGUUAACUUACAGAUUUUAGAUAACCAAAGGUUAAGUUAGGACAGGACUUUUCAGGCUGAGAUACUUUUUGUCUUGACCUUUGUCGCUGACCUUUGUUGUGUCUUUUUUUGCUAUGUCCGAGUCACAUAAUGAUGGUGAUUGUUAUGAUGUUACUUAUUCCGAACCAGAGAAAUAAUACAUUGUACAGCUUUAACACUGCCAAUACGAACAAUUUAAGCAAAAAUAUGAAUCUCCAGAGAAAGCAUAAAUAACUCUGGUUUUAAAGUGUAAAAGAAUUGUGUUUGUUUAUCGCAGUAGAUACAGUAUUAGCACAAAGCAGAUUUUGUUAUGGUGUUGUACUGGCACUACUUUUACUAUGCAGCUGUGUUAUACAGCAGGUUCUAUCAAUCAUCAGUGUCAUUAAGAGCAUCUUCAGAAGUGUUCUUUUUUACUUACUUUUUUUUUUUUUUUUUUACAAUUUAACUCUUGCUCUCCAUGGCAACAGAAACUUUUGAUGUAGGUUGUAUUUAUGACAGCCUUUUCCAUUGUAAUGAAUGUCUAAGUUGAUUCUAAGAGCUUACAGUACAGUAUGUAGGUGUUACAUAAGUGUAUAUAUAGUGACGUCAUGCUGUUUGCUUGGAAAACACCCUAUCGAAUAGCUUUUCUAUGCCUAUAUUAGCCGUGUAAUUAGCAGUUGCAUAAAGUUGUGUCUCUGUCUGCAUAUAUUGCAUGUACAGUUAAAAAAAAAAAAAAGAACUGGAUUUUUUUUCUACAUUUCAUGAAAUUUUAUAAAUAAAGCAUUUACACAAA